AUGGCAGGAUACCAGCUCUGGUCCCCCUGGAACCCCCUAGAUGAGAGUUUGCAAUGGCUUCGCCACACAACACCUACUUUUCCUUCCAAACACCCUUUUGGGUUCUCGCCUUUUUUCCCACAGAGCCCCUGUGAUGUGGAAGUUCAACAGUGCUUUCAGGAAGUAGCUGUGGUCUCUGUGAUGCCCAGGAUGAUAGCCGCAAGGAGCUCAGAGUUACCUGGCCAACCAUCUGAGCCACAGAAAGGAACAUCAGCCAAGAAGAAACCAACGAUUAGGAGGCCCCAGCCCAUCAGACUCCUUGGAGUGGAUUCAGUUUUUGGCAGGGUUAUUACAGUCCAGCCACCCAAGUGGACUGGGACCUUCAAAAUUUCUAAAACAUCAGCCUUCACCAAAAUUAUCAGCAAAGAACAACAGUGGCCCACUGGACUCAAGGAGCCCCAGAUUGAGAUGACACUGGCCAUGUGCAAACAGAUGCUACGCUCCAUUCUUCUGCUGUAUGCAAUAUACAAAAAGUGCACCUUUGCCCUGCAACACUCCCAGUAA